AUGACGAUCUUUACAAUCAAUGGUCCAACCAACGGUCAGGUAACCGCGGGUAGUGCGGUUAAUACGGAAGUAGUUUUGGGCGCUGUGGGCGAUUGCACAACGGAUCAGUUUUCAAUUACAUCUCCAGGCAAUGUUGGAUCGCCAAUCAUAUGUGGUUUCAAUACUGGGCAACACAUAAUUGUGGAUGCCAACGAUCAAUGCCACGAAGCUGUGUUCAAUUUGGGAGGCGGUGGUGGCUUCUCACGUUCUUGGGACAUCAAAGUGACUCAAUUUUCCUGCAACGAAGAGCUUGGCGGGCCUGAGGGAUGCUUGCAAUAUUUCACAGGACCCUCGGGAACGAUUUCAAGUUUCAACUUCCCAACAACAGCUGCGAUGAUAGGAGCAACAACCACACAUAUUUCUAAUCAAUGUUACAAGAUGUGCAUUCGACGACAAUCGGGAUUCUGUGCCAUCUGCUACGUUCCAAAUUUUGCCGAUUCUUCUACAGCUAUUACCAGUGGAAACCAAGCUGGUUUUGGGUAA